AUGCACAAUCUCACUGAUUCUUUGCUAAAAAUUGAUGAGGACCAUGCAAUUCCGUUGAAUGAGCGUCUAUACACAAUUUUUAGUCCACGCAAUAUGUCUCAAGUGUUUCGCGAUUCUACGAACAAGACACCCGUCAGUAUGAUGAGGGAUCUGGCGAUACGAAAGAAUUCUGCCAGUGCAGGCCGAAAGUUUUCGCAAAAUGCUCCAUCAAAUCAGUCAUGCUUCGGUGUGAAUGGAACGUCAAAGAGCCAGAGAGGUUUGCGAAGACGCGAUCUUACACCGUCGCGAGCUUUCGGCACAGGAUCUGUCACCACUGGUUUAGGUGGAGAUCGUUAUGUUGCUAUGAGGAAAAGCGAACACGAUUUGGAACUUACUAAUUAUCUAAUGCACCAGCCUCCUGACUCAACAUUUAACACAUCGAAUUCGGCACCUAAUAGUCCAGUCAAGAACUACGAACAAGAGCAAAUGAAGCGAAUGAUGAGAGUGAAAUCAACGGGAAAUCUGACGGAUGCUGGUGAGGAAGAUCGCAUCCUAUGUUACAAAAAGAACAUGGCACCGCUUCCGGCAAUUGGGCACUUGAACCAAGCAAAGGUGCUGUAUUCUGCAUGUGUUCAGCCUUCAUCUGCCGUGAAAAAAUCGACAAGAUUUAUUCCACAACACCCAGAACGUGUUCUCGAUGCUCCAGAAUUCAAAGAUGAUUAUUACAUGAAUGUUAUUGACUGGAGUAGCUGCGGAAUAGUUGCUGUCGCCCUUUCAUGUACGCUAUAUCUUUGGAAUGCGGACAGUGGUGAAAUACAGGUACUGUUUGAAUUGGACGAAAGCAACGAGAUGCAUUUAAUUACAUCGGUGAAAUGGUCAGCAGAUGGCAAAUUUUUGGCUGUGGGAUUUAAAGACGGGUCAUUGAAGUUGUACGAUCCACAGCGCACUCCUCCUCCGAAUGGGAAGUUGGAAUUAAGGACAAUGAAACCACCGCGGUUAUCUCGCAAUGGCGUUCUGGGAUGGCGAGGUGCUGUUAUUUCUGCUGGGUAUCAAUCUGGACAAAUAAUUCAUCACGACGUUCGAAUUGCGAAUCACAUCACUGGAAUCUGGGAUGGUCAUGAGCGUGAAGUAGUUGGUCUUCACUGGUCACCAAAUCAAACAAAACUAGCUACUGGAAGUGGCGACAACACCGUUCGCAUCUGGGAUGACAGCCGCCUUGGAAGUAACACUACGGAGAGCUUGUUUGUGCUAGAUGAUCAUGUUGGUUCCGUUCGUGCUGUCCAGUUCUGUAACUACAAAACAAGUAUCUUAGCUACUGGUGGAGGCAUGCAAUGCAAAGCGAUCAAGCUGUGGAACGUUAACAGUGGAGAGCUGUUGAAGAGCAUAGACACAGGAGCUGCUGUAAACGGCAUAAUCUUCAACAGUGAUUACAAAGAGAUGAUGUCAGCGCAUGCUUGCGGUAAGCUGGUGAUUUGGAAGCAUCCGAAUUAUAACGAGAUUGCCAAGUUAUCAGGACAUGCUCCGGAACGGGCAAUCUCAAUAGUUCAGUCUCCAUGCGGUCAGUUCGUCAUGACUGCAGGUGGAGAUGAAGCACUCCGCACUUGGCAUCCUUUCAAGGUUGACAAAAGUACGCACCAACUGGCACAACGUAGCAAGAUGUUCAGUUCAAUGACCAUCCGCUGA